AUGUAUUCGAAAAUCAAUACGUCCGAUCUAAUCAAAAAAGAAUUUGGUAGAUUGAAAGGUAAUAAUAUUACAAUACUUCGAUAUUAUAACAAUUUAUUUAUUUUGAAAUUUUUAUUAAGAAACUUGUUACCUGGACCACGGUGGCUCCGCGUUAUACGCCGACAGCCAAAUUAAUAACGUGAUGAACGAUUUUAAAACAAACUUAUACGGAAAUCCGCAUUCCAGUGGUGACCCUUCAGCGACCAUCGGAAAACUCAUCAAUAAUAUUCGAUUCAAGUGAGUAAAUAAUUACCUGUGCCAAUAUUGUAAACUUUAAAAUUAUAUCUUCAAUUACUAGUAGGUAAGUAUAAGUAUAAAUUACCGAUAAUUUCAAUCGGAAAACGAUUAUAAAUCAGUGCUAGAAUUAAGGGGAGACGCAGAAGUACGUAGUACUUCAACUAAUUUUUCAGAAAUGUAAGCGUACCUUUACUAUUUGCUUGAAGUGGAGGAUAUGAGGUACCAUUUCUGAAAAGAACUGUUUAUAAGAGACUAUACCAAUACAAAUAUUCAGUGGAAUUUUUGACUUCUAUGAUUAUUUUUCAUUGAAUAAACAAAAUACAGAAGCAGUAAAUGUAACAGUUAUAAAUUGUCCUCGGCAUUUUUCUAGGGGUUUCGUCAUAAUUAAGAAUAUUAUAAAGAAAAUCAAAAAAUAACCUCCUUAUUUCACCAAAAAAAGGACAAUUUUUGGUUGGAACCAUCGCCUCUAAAGUUAAUAAUUGGAGCAAGAUUUCUGGUAGAAAAGUUGUUCACAUACAGAAAAAGAACAAACACAUCGUCAUAAUAAAAUCAUAGUACCCAUCAUAUUAGAAUCUAAAAUAAAUAAUAUACACUAUAGUAAGUACUAUGUAAGCAAAAGUUAUCUUACAGUAGUUAGUAUUUGUUUUCAGAAAUUAUGAAUUACUGAAUUAUGUUUGAAAAUUGGGGGUUCGGUUGAGUUCAAUAAUUGAAAAGGACACUAAUUUUUUUUAUAUGCCGUAUAGUCUCUCUUCAUUUAUUUUAACAAUUCGAGCACUGUUAUAAUUUAUAAUAUUACUAACUGUCGCAUGCGAUUCUGCUCUUACACAGUAAAUAUAAAAGAGCUGAUACUGGUGACGGGUGUAGCCACUGUUUUAGGUGAGUAGUGGGGAAGGUGGGAUACAUUAAGUUAUUUAACUUACACCUGUAACCAACAAUAAAUCAUUGAUAAGGAAAAACGAUUCAGAAUGAUUUUCGAUUAUAUAUGUUUUGAAAGGCCGUAAUAUUUACGAUUUUCGUCAAAAUUUGAUUUAAAACGCUUACACAAAUAAAAAACUACUACAUUAAACUAAAUUAUUUUUCACCACUAAGUACGACUUAUAAUGAACCUCCUAUCAAAUUGUCAAGCAUUUAUAAUAAAUGUAAUAAUUUAUCUACAGAGUAUCUAUCAAAUAAAAAUUAUGUAAAAAACCUCGAAAAAUUAAAAUUACUAUAAAUAACUCGAAAAUUGCUAAGUCUUCUGUCAAUAUUUUAGUCCCUACAAUUAUUUUAAACUGAAUUGCAUUAAAAAAAACAAAAAUUAAAAUAAUAUUAGAAUUAUUUUCUUAAAUUUCUUUCAACAUAUUAUUUUUCGACUUUGCUCAAUUAUUUGAAAAAUUACAAAGAAAAUCAAAAAACAACAUCCCAAAAAUACCACCCCAGUAGAUUAAAUUUCAAAAAAAAAUGCUAUCAUUGUAAAUUAAUGCAAAAUGUCUGGUUGUCCACAGAAAAAAAAUUUAAAAAAAAGUUAAUCAUCAUACCACAUUUGCCGUGCCAAUUUAAAUACCAGUCGAUUUUUUUUAUUAAUUUAUUGCCUAACCUACAUUAAAACCUUUCCCGAAACUCGAUCAAUCCAUUGGAGAAAACCAAAAUAUCCAUUGAAUAUACGCGAACAACGAAAAAGGUGCUUCAAGUUUAUAAUAUAUAAUAUAUAUAUUAUACAAGUAUAACGUAUAAAUUUAAUAAUACAAUUAAUACAAUUUUUUUCAUAAAAAUACAAAUUUUUAUAGGCAUAACACUAAUAUCGGACAUCUUUUAUGAUCAUAACUCGAGUUAUAACAGUUUAAAAUUUAUACCGGAGGAAUGGGGGAAGAUUAAUAAAUUGUACAUCUAUUUUAAGAUCAUAAAUUCAUAAGUAUACUCCUUCGCUCUAAACUUAAAAGCACUGUAACUUAUAACUCAUAAAUGUCAAUAAAUCAGAUGUAAUUAUUAUGCCUAUCAAAAUGUAUAAAAAAAUAUCAUCUUAGUAUAUGAAUCUGUGCUCAAAAGAAUAGGGUUGCUAUUUGAAAAUCUAAAGCGUAUACCCAAUUCAGUUAUAAGGAGUUAGGGGACAACAAAUUUAAAAUGUUUUUUUGAAGACUAAACGAUUUCAUAAUUAUUUGGAAAAAAAACCAAAAAUUAAAUUUAAAUUAAAAUCCAAAAUCACUGGUUUAUAAUAAAUUGAUGAUUCAGUAUACUAAAGUAUAUGAUAAAUUAACAUAUAACUAAGUUCCCUGCACAUAAAUCUUCGGUCUUAGGGAAUAAGGGCUGAAGUUAAAUUUGUUCGAUUGUGUAUAACACUGAUACACACAUUUUGUACUACAUACACUUUUGUCAUUUAUACCAAAAUAUAACAUUAGACGAAAUUAUAAAUUAUACAUUUCAAAAAUAGAAUUAUGCCUUUCUUCUCUGGGACCAAAGAAAUACUUUUAAGUAUUAUUUGUACAAGCGGAUACUUAACAGAGUAAAUAAAUAAACAUUGGGUCGUCCCGAAAAUGAACUGAUUCAAACAUGACUUGUGCGUUCACCAUAAUAUGUUAUAAUAUUUACAGAGUGUAUUUGCAGGAUUUAACAACUUCCUAUAUAUAUAUAUAUGUACAUAGGAAUUACACUUUGUAUACUAUUUGAUGUGUAUAUAAACAAAUAUUUAUUUUCCCUGACAAAUGAUAUUGAAAAAUUAUCAUCAUAUGUAACUGUAUAAGGUUUCCGUUUUGUCGCCGUUUGUAGAAUUCUGAAGCAUUUUAACACGGGCCCCGAGCAGUACAGUGUGAUAUUCACGUCAGGGGCAACCGCCGCAUUGAAGACUGUAGCUGAAUAUUUCACGUGGGACACCAACGACAACCAACUAAACAAUGAUAAUAAAGGUGAGAGUUACGUGGGUACCCAAUCAUUUUUGGCAUAAUAUUUAUAGUCCCAAGAACAAGACACUCAGGCGUCGAUCCACGGUGAGAUCGCAUUAAAUAGAACGAAAUUUAUUACAUAAAAUAGAAAAAUUUACUUUGUCUUAUAAUUUCAUAAAACAUACAAAGCCUAUUUAAUUAUUUUACUACAAAAUGACAUAUAUAUUGUUGACAAAGAAUUACUAUCAACUGAACUUCGCUCAGAAUUGGUUUUUCGUACGCAAUGGUUUAUCAUUGCUUACAGAUAUACAUUUAAUUCCCGUCUUUAUCCUACCUUCCCAACUUCCCACAUACACCAGUGGCUGCACCCGUCCCCAUUAUCUUACCUUUUUUUUUUUUUAUAUAUACUGUUUCUUCUUAUUCUUGAAAUUUCUCUCUUAUCAGAAGUUGAAAAUCAUUAUCUCAAUCUGGAUCCUCUCCCGGGCCACCUUGAAUAAUUGAUUAUUGUUGUAAUCAAACCAUUGCCUCAGAUUUUGUAACCAAUUAGUUCUAGGCCGCCCUCACCUUCUUCCUUCACAUAUCUUCCCCUCUGAAAUAAGUUGCAGAAUUUGGUGCAAAUAGUUUAUAUCGCAAUUUUCUUAAUUUGACUGUUUUUACUACUUCCUUAUUUUUCCCUAUUCUCCUCAGCACUUCCAUCAUUUUCAAAAGAGAAAGCCAAUCCAUAGUUUUUUGUAAGUGAUACAUUAUACCAGAGUGAAUAACCAUGUCAUCCGCAUAUCUUAAAUGAUUAAUACAUUUUUCAUUUAUUUUUAUUCCCAUAUGUUCAUUCUGAAGGGCUUCUUCAAAUAUUGCUUUCGCUGUAGAUAUUAAACAGUAAUGGGGUUUACAUUCUUACGUGACGCCUUGCUUGAUUUUUAUCUUUUCUGUAAGUUCAUUGUCAACCUUAAUUUUAUCCAUUUAUACUGUUUAUAGAUAAUAUUCUUAGCUUUAUUAUUUUUAACCUACCCUAACUUUUAUAAUUUCUUUUACUGUAUACAUUUAGGUUUUCAGUCCACAAACUGCAACAGCAGUUGUACAUUUGCAUACACUCAGGACAAUCACACUUCGGUCUUGGGCAUGCGAGAAUUAGCCCCGCCAACGGCUAAUCUAUUGUGUCUAACACGGGACAAAGCUCACAAGGCUUUGAACGAUAGACGAUUUUCGUUUGAGAUAAAAAAUGACAUUGGUAAUAAUUCCAGUAAUAACUGUUCUAGAAAUUCGCUAUUCGCCUACCCUGCUCAGUCCAAUUUUACGGGUACCAAGUAUCCAUUGAAAUGGAUAGAGACGUGCCGACACGGUGCACUGGAUCAAUAUGUCGAAAAUAAUGUUAAGUCCAGGUAUCUAUAAUACAAAUAACAAUGGUGUUUUUAUUUAAUUUAAAUUUAAAAAGAAAAGACGAACAAAGGAAAUAUGUAGAUAUAUGAAGGACAGUCUUCAUUCUUCAAAAGAAGAAGGGUAAUAGUCCCGCAUUUUUGAAAAUUGUUCAGCAGAGUAAAACUCUUCUACGGUCUCCAGUCGUAUGGACAAUAUUAUUUUUUUUAACCAGUACAUCCGAUAUAUUUUUUCUUCGACAUCAUUAAACUGAAACCUUGUUUCACCAAAUAAAACUCUGCAUUCAAUAAUAGUCACAAAACGUCAUCAAAUGGUAUCAAUGUAUCAUUACCUCACAAUCGAAAAAAUUGUAUAACUAUAGUUAUUACCCUUCUUCCCGUGUACCCUUCAUAUGUUAGCUACAUAUUUAUAAAAUUAUUUUAUUUAUCGGUUUUCCUUCAAUUUAUAGGUGGUACGUCGUCUUGGACGCCGCUUCGUACGUGUCCACCGAUCAUUUGGACUUGGGGAGGUACACGCCCGACUUUGUCGCUAUAUCAUUUUACAAAAUGUUUGGCUAUCCGACCGGCUUGGGAGCGCUUUUGGUUCGUAACUGUACAGGCGCAUCGGUACUUCGUCACAAAAAAUAUUUUGGUGGCGGCACGGUUGAAGUCGUCCUCGCUCGAAAUCGUCACCAUGUGUUUAAAAAAAAUUUACACGAAAAGUAAAUACAUAUUAUGUGUAUAUAACAAAAUAUGUUAGUAACGAAGCUCUUUAAACGUAUUUUUCUGUAUUUCAGUAAGUACCUAAUAAUGAGUUUGCUUUUUUUUCAUAACCUCCCAAUGGCGUAUUAAGGUUUUCGUCGAGAAGUGAUAUCUGUAAUUUAUAAAUUGUAUCAUAUUGUACAACGUGUAACCCAAGUUAAAAAAUGAACAUUUUUAAAAAUAAUUUAUAAUUCAAUCUGCUCUAAAAUUAUUAUUAAAAUCCAAUAACUAUAUAGAUUUACUUAGGUAAAUAAUUAUUAUUAAUUAAUUGACUAUUUAGGUACUAAUUGUUAUAAUAAUAAUGAUGGGAUAGGUUCGGUUUAAAACAAGAAGAGGUUUAGAUAUUUUCUUUGAUACAAGUACGAUGUGUCGAGGUAACAUUAAGUAGAUCCCAAUACAACUGUUGAUUUUUGUAGCUAAAAUUUAAAGAAAUUCGAAUUUUAAAAAAAAAUAAUAAGGACAAAUAAAAAUCUUAGUAAAACUGUUGAUUUUUUUUAGCUAAAAUGUAAAGAAAUUCGAAUUUUAAAAAAAAAUAAUAAGGACAAAUAAAAAUCUUAGUAAAACCAACACAUUCUUCGCUACACAUAGAAUCUAAAAAUAGGUAGUCAUAAAAAUUAUAAAUGCUACAAAAGAUGUCAACCUAGGUAUAGAUAUCUCUCUAAAUACGCCACUGUAACCACUGGUUUAUCAAAUGUCAUGCGCAGGUUCGAAGACGGUACGAUCGAUUUCUUGUCGGUGAUCGCAGUCGGCCACGGACUAGACACACUGCGCGCGCUGGCCGGCCCGAUGCGUGCGGUGGCCAAACGAACGUUCGAACUGGCCGCGUACCUGUUCGACCGGAUGGCCGGGACGCGACACGGGAACGGGAGGCCAGUGUUCCGGAUGUACGCGGACACGGCAUACCAACGCGAGGACACGCAGGGCGGCGUCGUCAACUUCAACGUGCUCAGGGCCAACGGCGAAUACGUCGGCUACAACGAAGCGAGUACCACUCUAAACAUUAAACGCGGUUAAACAUGAAAAUAUAAAUAAAUAUUAUGAAUAAGUGCAGAGCUGAGGAAAAUUCUUAAAAAAUGUAUUUUUAAAAUCCAAGUUCAAAAUCCCUUUUGAGUCCUAAAAUCCGGAAUGGAUUUUGGAUUUUGGAUUUUGAAAAUCCAAAGGAUUUGAAAUCAUGCCCAGCUCUGAAUGGUUGAUACUAUUUGAUACGCAGUUAAUAGGUAUCGUGGCCGUCACCAGCAGUGAUUUGAUCGGUUGCAUAAUAUUAUUAUGUAAAUUUCGUAUGCAUUAGUUAUAAGGUUUGUUUAUUUUACUACACCAUUAUAAAAAAACAGAUUCGGUCAAAUUACGUUUGUUUCGUGGCAUAUUUCAUGUGUCAAAGACGAAAUCGUGUUUUACAUAUUUCUGCAUAUUUCUGCAUAUUUCAAAAAUUGAUGGCAUAUAAACGAAUGAUUAUAUAAAUCUACGUUUUAAUACUUGUAUAAAUUCUAAGUGGAGCGAUAAACGUAUUUAUUGAUUUUACUAUAAUGUGUGAAAUUUUUUGGUUUUUUUUUUCUCCCCGUGGACUUUUUUUCUACCAAAAAUCUUACUCCAAACAAAAAAUAUUUUUUGUUAAAAUCUGCAUAGUUCUUUGAGGAAUUCUUUUUUUUUUUUUUUUUGAUUUUCCAAGCAUUUCGCUUAAUAAUUGGGAAAAGCCAGGAAUAAAUAUAAUGGAAAUGUAAAAGUUUUUAAAGCAUGGGUUUAAAAUAAUCUUUGAAUGCUGAAAUAUUCACGAAAUACUUAUAUUAGCCUAUUCUAAUGUGGUCAAUUUUCAAAAAAACGUUUGAUGAUUUCUGAGCUACAUGAUAUAUGUAUUGGACCAUUUCGAGUUUUUAAUUUUUAUUUGAUUUAAUAUGAAUGAAAUUAUUUACAUGAACAGAAAUGCUUGAAAAUUUAUUCUAAAGUUCAUAAUAAGUUUAACUUAAUGGUAAAAAAAAAUUUGAACACAUUCUAAUCGUUUUUUCUUAUAUUUAAGCGCUAAGUUCAAAUUUUGACGAAAUUUAAUCACGUUUCAUAACAUAUUUAACCGAACUUUGUCACUGAAAAAACAUUUGUAGCCCAAACGAAAAGUCAUAGGCGAUUGGUCUGACGACUGACGAGUUCGAUGAAAUCAAAUAGUUUUUUACAAAUAUUUCACGCAAAUUUUAAAUAGUUUCAAUACAAUUUUUUAUGCGAAUUGGGAAAUUAGUUACGAAUAAACCAGUUGUACGUAUAUGCAUCUCCUGAAAAGUAGAGAAAAUGAGAUAUUUGAAUCUUAAAUGACAUUAAUACAUGUGCAUACUGCUGGGUGCUCUGUAUUUUAAAAAAGAGGCCAAAGAAUUUAUUUUUUAUCCUCAUGGUAAAUGAAGCACUUAAAAAUAACAUAGAAAAGAAUAUAUUAUACAUUUACACAGAAUUAACAAACGAUAAACAACUUAAAUAGUUUAGCUUACCGAGUAUUUGAGUAACGUAUAAUAUACAUUAUGUAGGUAUGAAGUUGAGACACGAUCACGGAACCGUGGUAUAGGGCUGUUUUAAUGUAAAAAAUCAAUGGACCAAAAAAAAAAAAAGCGGGGUUAUUUACAAGUAGAUAAUUUAAAAAUUCCACUUUCGCAAGUUCUUUCAUUAAAUUAUUGAAGAACAAUUAUACUGUAUAGAUACCUCCGCGGAAUUUUUUCACGGGGACCAAUUAUUACUGUGCCAUUAUUAUUGAUCAAAUGAUCUGAAUAUUCGCAUUUGUUGAACAAUAUGUUUCAAAUAAAUACGUAAAUAUUUGUGAACAAAAUUAAUACAAAAGACACUAUUACGACAUUUUAAUUAGGUAAUUUAAUUUAAUUUAAUUAAAUCGGCUGCAGUUAAAUAUUGUUUUAUAGUCUAAUUUUACACCGAUAAUAAAAAAAACUCAUAUCUUAACCUAAUUAAAUAACUUGAUGAUAAAAGUCAAAACAACUGUUUAUAACAUUGGUUAAUACCAAAACAUUUUUAUUUUUGUUAAUUCAAUUCAUUUAACAAUCAUACAUAACGAUGAUCUAAAAAAUUUAGUCUUAAAUUACGACUACUAUUAUACUCUUGUAGUAUUUAAAAACGUGAUGUUCGAUUUUUUUUAAUUUAUAUAGUAUACAUAUUAUUAAAAUAAUAGUUUCUACAGAGUAAUAUUAUUUUAUUAAUACAUCAACCGUGGAACAUGAAAAUAAUAAAUAUAAAUAUUACCGAUAGAUACCAUUUACGGGAGUGCCAACCAUCGGAGUAUCCACAGAAAUUUUUAAAACUCAAAUUUUCCAAAAAUUUUAAAACUUAUGAAAAUGUUACUACACUAGCCAAAUUAAAAACAAUCACUCUGUAUAAACAAAUAAUUAUCAACUACUUCACCAUACUUAAUUUUAUAAAUUAUCACUUAUCGAAUAAAUAAUUAUAGCUAAGGCUAUAUUUGAAUAACAGUAUUCAAUAGUCAUAUCUGCAACGUGCCCGGCUGUUUGAAAACUGAAAUUACUAAGUGUGCACUUAUUCGUUAUAGUGGAUUCGAAAUAAAAUAAACAACCGUGCGCGAAUAUUGUAAGUAUACGAUAAUCUGUAUUAUCUACAGAAUGAUAAUUUAAGACACCCGUUAUUAAAAGUAUUAAUUUCUUUAAGAAUUUGUUUUUAAGAACUUUUAAAAAUCAAUAGCUCUGCAAUUUUACAUAACUAUUAUUUUUAGCUACUUUUAUUUUAGGGAGUUUUAGGAAAGAACUGCCUACUUUUAAUUUUCAAAUAGCAACCUAUAUUAAAACUUCCGUAAAUAGAUGAAGGUUUAUUUUGAAUACAUUUUGGUGUUGAAAUUUUAAAUUUCCGUCAACCCGUUAACGAGAUAUUCCUCUUUUAUAUGUCGGUGAGAGGAAAGUAGUGGAGUAUCAAUUUGUGUGGCGGAGCGGCGCUAGGGGUUUGAAUAGUGCUCCACUAUUUUCCGCUUACCAACAUAACAACAAACUCAAAAGUGGAAUAUUUUGUCAACAGGUUGACGGAUAUUGAAAGAAUCAAUAUCAAAAUGCAUUUUAACAAAAACUUCAUCUAGGUUAAUAUAAGUUGGUAUAUGAAAAUCAAAAAUAGAUAGUGGUUUCGCCUCCCAAGGGCAACAAAAACAAAAGGAAAUUUAAAAUUGUAGAGCUGCUUGUUUUUUUUAAUUUUCUAACAAACUAAUUUCGAAAAUAGUUAAUAUUUUCCGAGAUAACGAGUGUCUUACGUUUUAUUGAUCAUCCUGUAUACGAAAAAUAUCGAACUUUAAAAUAUAAAAUCCUAUAUGAGAAAAACGGUGGAGAGACAAAGUAAAAAAAAUGGGACAUGAAACAAACAUACCUAAGCAUAACGGAUUGAAAAUAAUAUAAUAUAACGACUAGCAUAUGCUCUUGAAGUAGAGAGAGAUGAGGAGGACUAUGGUUGGUAAUUGGCAUAUUAUAAACAAAUAUGUAUAAUAUUUUAUAGGUAUUAGAUAAUAUUAUGUACACAAGUACCUGCCGUACAGUAAAAAUAAACAGUUAAAUCUCAUAUAAUUUGCGUAGUCUUUCAUUACGUAUAGGUACGUUACGGUUUUGACAGCAGGAGUAUGCCUAAUACCCACACUCUUACUCUUAAGAUUGUAACAUAACAUUCGGAAGACCCCGAUGUUUAAGUAAUCUAUUAUUGUCUCCUAUACGCAUCAUUAUUAAUUAUUAUCAAUGAAGUUAUUAGCAAUUAUAUUUAUACAAUAUUCAAACAUAUUGUGUUAUUACAUACCGUUUUCAGGUUAAACACUUAUCCGAUACUCACGGUAUUGUGCUACGCGUAGGUUGUUUUUGCAACCCUGGUGCUUGUCAGGCGCAUUUGGGUCAUACGGACCAGGAUCUGAGGCGAAACCAAGAGGUAGUGUAAGUAUAUUGUAUAAUAAUAAUUCUUAUGUCUGUUGUAUUGACGAGAGGAUAAUAUUAAGAGAUAUGAUGACAGUUUCAUCUCGGAAUGAAUAUUAUGAUGACAACAUUUUAGCGUAAAACAGUCCGGAAACUAAUAAAAAUGCCACUUUUUUCUUUCUUUAGGGUACUAAAUAUUAUAUCCGUUUAGUUAUUAUAUGUUUAAAAGAUACCAUUUUUUGAUUUUGAUAUCUAUAUAACACCAUCUCAUUCGAGUAAAUUGAAAAUCAAUACGUCAUACCCCUCCAUAAUAUCGUAAUACUUAAUGUGUAUACAAUAAAUAAAUGAUUUAAUAAAAUAAAAUCACUUUGUACGAUACUCAAUUUUUUUCUGUACAUAAACGUAUUUUUGAAAAAAUUCAACGAUAGACGUACACAAACACACAAUAAAAUAUACUAACAAAAGGAACCAUUUUUAAAAUUAUUUGAAUGUAAAUUUGAAUAUUUUUAUUUUUUCAAAAAUGUUGAGAAAAUUGCUUGUACACAGCCCCUUAAAUAUAGGAGGGGAGUAUCAAUGGCCUCGUCUUAUAAACAUUCCUAAUGUCGACUUUAUUGCUAUUUGCUUUUCAGAGGUCACGUUUGCGGCGAUCACAUUGAUCUUGUCGAUGGGCUACCGACCGGAUCGGUCCGAGUUUCGUUUGGUUACCAGUCAAGCAAAUCAGACGCCGAUAAACUUUACAAUACACUUGUAAUACAAUUUCGGCAGAAAAGUUCCGUCAAGCCCUUCGACCAUCAACAAAUCUUUGUCGACGAGUAAGAGUGCACUAGCUGCCAAUAAAUACCUAAUUUAAACCGAUUGUUUACUGCGCCUUUUUUUGAUGUAACAUUAUAAUUUUUAAUUUGUUGAAAUUUUACAAAUAGAUACGAUAAAAUGGAUUUACGAGUAACGAGGCUUUUCGUUUACCCGAUAAAGUCAUGCGGUGCGUUCGAAACGGACCAAUGGCCAUUGGAACCGUACGGAUUUCUUUACGACAGGAAUUGGGCAGUGGUGAGCGAAUCGGGAGUGUGUAUUACACAAUUGGAAGAACCGAAACUCUGUUUGGUUAGCCCUAAUAUCGAUUUACAAAAAGGCACCUUGACUCUCAAAUACGCGGGUAUAAUAUUCUAUACAAUACAAUUAUUUAUUUAUUUAAAAAAUUAACGGACCUGAGCCCUUUGAAUAUAUGAUUAACACAAAUUGACAAAUUACAAAAACGGAAACUUAUAUUAUGAUGGUGUCUCCGUCUCAUAAUGAAAUAAUUACGAUAUUCUUGAGGCGUAGCCUAGGAUUUUGAAUUGGGUGAUAAGAAUAAAUACUUUUUUGUUUGAAUAAUGAGUGGAGGUGAGAGAAGGAAUUUUGGGAUUAAAUCCCCUCCUAAUUUUAUUUUUUUUUUAUUGAUAAGUAACAUUUUAAUGAAAUAAUAUUAUAAUAAUAUUGCAUAUAAUAUCUUGGCAUAACUUUAAACUUUACUUGUUCCACUCUGAUAGCUGCAUCCUCCUCGGAGAAUUUUAAUUGAAGUUAAUUAUUAUAUCAUUUUCAUUAUAAUGUCGUCUUUUAUAUUUAUAUAUCAACAUAUACGGUACAUAAGGCCGAAUCCCACCAAGCCGAAUACUGAAGAAUCCACUCCGUUUGGUCGAAUUUCAUACAUCCGAUUAAAGGGCCGAAUUUACAAUAUUAAUCGGAAAAUAAAUAAAUCAGUUGUUUAUAAGUUAAAUGUAUAUGUAUUGUAUUAAAUACGAUAAUUAUAAUACCUACAUAAAUAAUAAAUGAGUGAUGAGUGCAAAAAAGGGUUGAUUAUCAAACAUAAAUAUAUUCUAUACCUAUGUUAUAAUUUAAAAAGAAAAAUAAUAGGUAUUCCAUUUAAAAACCACUGAAUUCGUGUACACAAUUACACAUUAUAGAUGAAUUACAUGAAGAUACACGAAACACGACCCCACAGACAUUUGCGACGGACACCGCAGUUUACUAAUACCACAACCGUAUAAAAUAAUUUAAUCUUAACUUAGACUACUCCACCAGCCACUGAGCUAAUCAAUAUGAUAUCUAACUAAAAUAGUGCAUUUAUCUUAUCUAAUUAUAAUUAGAUGAUAUUUAAGAGGGGGUCCUCAACUAACCGGGUCGUUUCGUUUCGUGUGAAAUACUAUUUUGUGAUUGACUCAUAUUAUCUUGAUACAUACAUUUUGAUCGUGUCUACCAAGACGUUACCGCGAAUACCGCAGAGUUGAAUAAAUUCAACUUUUGGACGUGCUGAUAUAGCUGAUAUCGUCAUUUUCGUGUUUUCAUUUUAAUAAUAAAUUUCAUUAGUAUUAAAAUAUUCAUUUUUUAAUAAUUUAAUUUAAAUUUAAAAUUAAAUGUGAAUUAAUAUUUAAUUUUUAAUAAUAGUUUAACUUCAAUAUGGACAUUGUAUAGGUAAAUAAUAUAAAGUGUUAUAACUUUGGAAACGUAAAAUGUACAUUCUUUUAGGGACGGAUAUGCACUUUAUGAAAAAAGUUUGUUGUAUUAAGCACUUCACACAACUGCACUUAUGAUAUAAAAUCACAAACUAAUACUAUUAAAUACAAUACCAAGUAAUUUUAAUACAGGUUGUACACAUUGAUUUUUAAAAUCAAUACCUACUAUAGUAGAACCAGUAGUCAGUAGAACGUAACUAUUAAAAAUAGAAAUAUAUUAGUAACUAAAAUUAAGUAAAAUAAUUUUGGUGUUUUUAUUAUUAUUAUUAGUUAAUCGUAUAAUACAAGUAAACUAUAUAAUGAUUUAAUGACAUCGCCUUUCUCGACAAAAAAUAGUAUGAAUAAUANAAAUAGAAAUAAACUAUUAAAAAUAGAAAUAUAUUAGUAACUAAAAUUAAGUAAAAUAAUUUUGGUGUUUUUAUUAUUAAGUAAAAUAAUUUUGGUGUUUUUAUUAUUAUUAUUAUUAGUUAAUCGUAUAAUACAAGUAAACUAUAUAAUGAUUUAAUGACAUCGCCUUUCUCGACAAAAAAUAGUAUGAAUAAUAAAAAAAACCUGGAGAAAAUGUAGAGACGGUGAAAUAUUAUAAGCAAAAUGUGCAAUAAUAAAUAUCACGCAUUUUCGGUGAAUAGUAAAUUAAUAGUGAUAGUGAGUGAUAAUGUUGGUUUUUAGUAGAACGACGGGUACAAAUUAUUUCGUACAUAGCAAAAGUUUGAAAAACUUCAUAUUGAUUCAUCAUAAUAUAAUAUCUUAAUCGUAUUUUUAUUUUAGCGAGAUGCACUAGUAGGUAUUUAUAUGAAAAGACAUUGUGUAGAAUUAUCAUCCUAUAAAAAAUAUAUAUAUUAUAAUAUAUUAGGAUGUUUUCUACGCUAUAUAAUGCAUACUGAGUGAUACAUUUAAGCGGGUACACUCAUUACCUCGGAAAGUAUUAACUUUUUUCGGAAUUCGUUUUCAAUAACAUUUAAAAAACAAGCAGUUCUACAAUUUUAUCUUUAUGUUAUUUUUUGUCACCCUUAUUUUUGGAGGUAAAACCAUUGCCUACUUUUGAUUUUCUAACAGCAACCUAUAUUAAAAAGUCCAUAAUUAGAUGGAGUAUUGGUUAAAAUACAUUUGAAUGUUGAACUUUUUGAUGAACGAGAUAUUCUACUUUUAAGUUUAGAUUGGAGGAGAGAAGCGGAGUAUCAUUUGUAUGGCGGUACCGCGCGUGGCGUGAUAAUAAUGCACUACUACUCUCCUCCAACCAAAACUUAAAAGUGGAAUAUCUCAUCCAAUAUAGGUUAAUAUUUUAAAAUCAAAAGUUGGUAGUUGUUUAGCUCUAAAAAUAAGGGUGACAAAAAAUAACGUGGAUAUAAAANUGUAGAACUGCUUGUUUUUUAAAUGUUCUAGAAAACAAAUUCCGGAAAGAGUUAAUACUUUCCGAGAUAAUAAAUGUACCCACUUGAAUGUAUCACCUGGUACACUAUUCUACAUUACACUAUAUAUAUAUUAUUGUACUAAUAACAAUAAUAAUAAUAAUAAUAAUGAUAAUAGUAUUAUAGUAAUAACAUUGACAAUAGAAUUGUCUAUUCUAUAAUCAAUGGUAACAAUAAACGAACACGAGCAUAUAAUAUGCUCGUAUUGGCUUAUUGUUGUUACUACCUAAGUUAGUAACAACAAUAUACUCUGAAUUGUAUGGCUUAUGUACCUCAUACCGCGUCGAACCAAAGAUGACGGUUAUGUUCAUUGUUCUAUAACAAUACUAUUCCAGAAUAGAUAUAAUAAAAUAUACACGGUAGUCUCUAAGAUCGAACACAAGCGAGAGUGAUUUGAUGCCGUUCUCUGUUUAGCCGAAGUGUUUCGGACGAACGACAGCAGAUAGCUCGCGUAGUACCUAUAUUACUCAUGUUUUAUAAGUAUACGUCUACGUAGUUUUGGUCUUUUGAGGCGAAUUCACGAAUCUAUUUUGUUUGUUCCGUCACAUUUGAAACAGCGAAAUUUUUCAAACAAUAUUCAAGAAAAUAUUACAAUUGCCGUAGGUAUACGAACGCACGUACAUAAUAUGUUUAUACAAGUAUCGGUUCUAUCUACUGUAUUUUUAUCGUCAAUAUUGUGAUUUCCAAUCAUAUUUUCUUGUUUUCAAAUAAGAAAUAAAUCCUCAAAAAAUACUGUUAACUAUCCUUCUUUUGUUAUUCAUUGAAAUCAAUAAUAAAGAGACGAAAAGCCGAUACUGAGUGCGGCCAAUGUUACAGUUGACAUCAACCAAUAAAUUCCUCGGUACGCUCCAAAUCUAUAAUGUAAUUAUUAGUAAACGAUACGAUAUGUUUAAACAGUAUGAUAGGACUAUAAAAAACUUUAUCUCUUAUUUGAUAUGUUAUUAUGGUAUUGGACCCAACAAAUUUAAAAUCGCCUCCCUUGAUGUUUUAUCAAAACCGCUACUGGUCUGGAUCUGGAUGGGGGGCAGGCUAUAGCCCCCUCCCCCACUUUAGUGCGAGAUUCGCAUUAAAUUCCAUAUGCACAUUACCACUCAUUAUUUUAAUAACCGGCCUAUAAUUUUAUAGAUAACGACGACGAACUACCAAUGACAUUGUCGUUAGAUGCAAAUGAUAAAAAUGUCAAAAAAUCGGGCAAAAUUUGCUGGGGCGGCUCCAUAGAAGGAACCGAUUGCGGUGACGAAGUCGCCGACUGGCUCAGUUGGAAUCUUGACAAACCCGGAUUGAGACUCAUCAAAUGCACAGGCCGUAACCCACCCGAUCACAACAAAUAUGGUAAAAUAAUACACGCGUACCUCAUAAUAUAAUAUAUUUGCGUGUUUAUAGUAUCUACUGUUAAAAAAAAUAAUAAAAAUAGGUAUAUCUAUUCGAUUUGACUUGAUUUUUAAAUCCUAUGGUUCCAUUAAGUACUUAAUUUUAACUUUUCGCUGUAAUAGUUUCAGAUUAAUUAUAAUUACCUACUUUAUAAUUCAGACAGUGAAAUUUAAAAAAGCGAAAUAACCAGUUCUCCAAGAAGGUUUGAAAACCAACCGGAACCUUUUUUAGAACCCAUAUUUCUUAAUUCCAAGAACCAAAACAAGAAUUUCUUAGAUAAAUUUAAAAUAUUUUAGGUUAUUUUUAUGGUUUUAUUGGGGUCAUUACAAAGAAAAUCAUUGCAAAAUACAUAUUAUAUUAAUUAUGUAUUUAAUUAAUAUUAUUUUAUCAUGUUUUUUUUAUAUGUUCAAUUUCGAGAUGAUUUCUUUAUUUAUUUUAUAGGGAAUUUAGAUCCAAAAGUGUUGGCAGCGAACCAAUGUCAGUAUUUAUUAAUGACAGUCUCGACGCUUAAAUGGCUACAGCAAGAAAUGAAAAACGAUAUAACGGAUAUAGUAAAUACAAUACCGGACUAUUGGCCGACAUCGCAAAUAAUAUUUAAAUAAUACCCAUAUUAUAUUAACGGAAAUAUUAUUUUAGGAUGAAGAUAAUUUGCUAUUUAGAUUCCGAGGAAAUAUCGUCAUUUCAGGAAAUAACCUGCCGGCCUACGCUGAAUUAUCGUGGGAAAAUUUGGACAUUGGAGGCGUCAAGUUCCGAGUAAGUCAAACGAAGUGUUUACACCAGUGGCGCCAAAACGUGACCAAGUGUUUUGCGGCUGCAAUACUUGUUUUAAAAUUAGAAAAAACCAAGAGGCUGUCCAAAAUAACGUUGGGCAAACAGAGUUUGAUCAGAUAUGCCUGGAGAGUGGCUAACGUGGAUACAGACAGACGGAGGAGUGUAUUUAAGGCAGUGAAGGUUCUACAAGGAUUUCAGAAACUUUAAAGAAGAAGAAUGCUUGUAAUAGGAAUGUAAUUGUGUUGAUAAUUGGUGCUCAUGCCUAAGUUUUUCGCUUAUAAAAAUUGCCUACCUAGCCACGGUUAUAAUUUAAUUCGCGAUUAUUAAAACAUUAUUAUUCAUUUUUUUUAUUUUUUCUGUGUAUGUCUACAGUUAGACUCGGUCUGUGAACGAUGCAGAAUGGUGAAUAUCGAUCAAGGCACAUCAGAAAAAUAUCAAAAACCGCUGUCCGUGUUGGCGCAACACAAGCGGCAAGGCAAAAGUGUUUUUGGAAUUUAUCUGAAACGCGACGAUCACGAAACACAUAAAAUAUGUGAAAUAAGAGUCGGCCAACAAUGCACUGUGCUAAACGAUAAAAAUACAUGA